CCUCUCUAUCAAAUUACUCUUCUGGGAGAAAAAAAAAUUCCGAUUGGCGUCUCGUCCUCUUCCCCACGCGACAGAUCCCAGCCCUCGCCGCCGCCGCCGCCGGGUAGGUUGUCGCGCGCUGACGGCCACGCGCGGCGGUGGGUGAGAGCGAGGAGAUACGGGGGGUCCCCGCGUUUGGCCGCCGUCGCAACUCCGGCUGUCUGCAAUUACCCCGGACGGCGGGGAGCCGCCGGCGCGGCAGAAGAGAGAGCCACAGAGGCCCUGCGGCUGCGACCAGGUGUUUUAAAACUUUCAGCUCACAAGUAACCAGUCUUACCGUUUUGCUGCAUGUGGAAGGAAGCUCCAGGUUACUGACGCAAAUUAGAGGAUCUGGCUCCUGAUUGGACAGACAUCUCUCCUAUUUGUCUCAUGCCAUCUACUUAAAUUGGACUAGACAAUCAGCAAAGUGAAAUGGCAGAACCAUGGCCAUCGUAUUCAUCGUCAUCUCGUGGGAAAAAGAAGCGACCACGCUCUCCUGAUGGUGAUGCCACAAGUUCACAAGGCAGAACCGAGAACAGCACAAGCCUUGAGGACAACCUUAUAUUCAGUGAUACUUUGAUAGCUCUACAGUUGAUGCGCACACAGUUCCCAAAGCUAGAGAAGGUUGUAACACAGCCUUUCAUUUUACAGUCUCAAUUAUAUAGCAGCGUGAAGGACAGGACACAAGUUGAUAGAGAUUUGGAGUCACUGAAGAAAGACAGAGUACUCCGUGUAUUCAAACUCAAUACUGGGCAGGAUGACCAUGCAAUCAUGUUCAUGGAUGAUUAUCUUAAACAGAUGGAAUCUGCUGUCAGGAGGUCAACGGGUAAAAACAAAGAUGGUAGUGAAGUGUUUGAUUGGUUUGAGAAAUAUGUUCUGCGUUCGAAAUUGGAUGUAAGCAUUGAUCACCUAGAGCUGUGCUCACUGUUAUCACAUGGUGGUGAUGCAAGAGAUAAACAUAUCACCUUAUUGAUGAAUGCUGGUCUCCUGACACGCCAACUAAUAGAUCCAAACAUGUACUGGUUUUCUAUUCCAAGUAUUGGUCCUAUCUUGAAAGGCCUAUCCCAGGGGAGGAAGGAAGUUCUUUCAUUACUGGGCCGUCGGAAGUACAAGGAGAUGCUACUAUCUUCACUGGAGAAGACGAGGUUGAGGUUAUCACCUCUCGACGUGCGGUUCCACCUCCGCGAUCUGAUUGGGUCUGGUCACGUAAAGACGGUUCAAACACCCACCGGCUUACUUGCUCGCAUGUCAACAGAUUGAUAGACACACCUUUGGAUCACAGCUUUUUCUUAGCAGUUUCCAGCUUCUUCAGAUAAGAACACCAUUUUCCUACUGAGUCAGCAAAAAGUAGUCAGAGUUUAUUUGAUUGGUUCUUCCUGCAUUCUUUAAGGUCAAUUAGUAGGGUGUACUGCAAAAAAGAAAUUCUGAGAUGUAUGGUGAUCUUGAAAGGGAGCCGAAAUAUGUAUAUUAAGUUGUACUACAUGAAGGUUGGUUACUCUGGGUCA